AUUAAGCCCCCCAUAACUCCCAGAGAUACGCCCUCGGUCAGUCUAUAUAUCCGUGCCUUCUUCGACGUCCAACUCUCCCCGAUCACCGACCCAGCCAAAUGGAAAACACCCAAUCCUUGUUUGGCGAUACCACGCAGUCGGAGGGAGACUCCGUGACGACAGCCAAAAUCAAGUCCUCGCCUCCUCCGACGCCUUCAGCUUUGGCGCAGCCGGCGUCGAGAUCGGCGCCCGAUUCUUCCGUCAUCGGCGCCGGAGCGUCGUCGGAGGUUGACGACGGCGAGGACGACCCGGAGGUCCUCAUGAUGGAGCACCUGUUCGACAAGGUGCUGACCCCGGGCGACAUGGUCGAUCCUAGUACUAACUCGUAUGACCGGCUGACGACCGUGGGCCCCCAGCGGCAGCAGAACCCCGACGACGGGCUCGUCUUCGAGGACCGGGCCGUGGCCGGGAAGCUGUGGCGGUUCCAGUCCGACUGGAGGAGCAGCGAGGUCCACGCCCUCUGCCCCACCGACGGCUGGGCCCUCUUCGCCAGGGAGAAGGGCCUGGCCCCCGGCGACGCCGUCUCCUUCUACCGCGGCAACGACAACGGCCGCCUCUUCGUCGACUGCAGCAAGCGCCGGGGAGAUCGUGCCCCGUGCCCACGUGGCGUGUUCGCGUGGGCCCCCGUGGCCGCAGCCACGGCGGCGGCGGCAGAGAGGCCGCAGGUGGGCGCCGAUGAAGCGCCUCGUGCCGCGGCACGACGCGGUACGCUGCCGAGGCGGUCGCCGGCUGUGCCGCGGCGUCCGCGGCGCAGCAAGGGGAAACGUGAAGAAGACGACCUCGACGAGGCCGCCAUGAAGCCCCCCACCAUCCUUGAAUCGAUGCCGCCGCUCGUGCCCUCGCCGGAUCCGAAGCGCGUGCGGCUUUUCGGGAUUUAUCUCAACUAGCGGCUUCUCGUUCUUCUUGCCGGCAGCGCCUCUAGCUCGUGCCAACACAAUUCUAGGUCAGAAUUAAUUGCCCCGGUGGCAAAACCUUGAUUUGCAUCGUUUUUGGUAGUAGCUAAUUCGGCAGCUUCGUGCAUUGAUCAGAUGCUAAUUGUAAAACAGCUGUUUUCCUUUUUUUUUAUUUGUUAUAAUUUCUUAGAAUUCCAGAGUAAGGUUUAUGAUUAAUUUGAGAAAUAAAAUGAUGAGAUCGGAUCGUCCGCCUCCCAUUGG